UUCUGAAAAAAACACAAAAAUGUACACGUUAGUGACUGGUUUUUACAAAUAUUUAACACAAAAGGACGAAUAUAAUAUUCUGAUAUUAGGUUUAGACAAUGCUGGCAAGACGACAUUUCUCGAAAAAGCGAAAGCUACGUUCACAAAAAAUUACCGUGGGAUGAAUCCAAAUAAAAUUACGACAACCGUGGGGCUCAAUAUUGGCGAAAUUAACAUCGAAGGGGUCACUCUUAGCUUCUGGGAUCUCGGUGGGCAGCAGGAACUUCAAGCGCUGUGGGAUAAAUAUUAUGAAGAGACUCAUGGCUUAAUUUACGUCGUCGACUCGCACGAUCGUGACCGCAUGAACGAAUCCAAGGAGAUUUUCGACCAAAUGAUCAUCAACGAUCAUCUCAAGGGCAUUCCGUUGCUCAUGCUCGCCAACAAACAAGAUCUUCCGGAUUGCAUGGGCGUGCGAGAGGUGAAACCUGUGUUUCAGGAUAGCGGUCCAGCGAUCGGAAGAAGGGAUUGUCUCAUUAUGCCGGUGUCUGCUUUAACGGGUGAGGGAGUCGAUGAGGGAAUCAAAUGGCUCGUAGAUUCUGUGAUCCGGAACAGUCAUGUGAGGCCUCCAAAGCAAAAAGAUGAACUUUAGGCCGUCCUGCAUUUUUCCAUGAAAACAUUCGCACUGAAUUAAUUAAAAAUUUUAAUUUCUAUGAGAGUACUUUAAUAUUAUGUAAAAAAAAAAAAUAUUAUUAUGAAUAAAUUUACCUUGUCAAAGUGAAUGAGCG